AUGCUUCCCACCGUUUUCAUUGCGCAACAAUGUUCGAAAAAAAAUGAGGCGGCAAAAUUGAAGCCGAAAGAAAUCAGCGAAGAUGGCGCCGCCAAAUCAUCGACAGCCGAUCAACCGAAAGCCGCCGGCGGUCCGAAAUUGAAGCCACGCGAUGCCGAUGACAAUGAGACAAUCAAUGAUGCGAAAUCCGAUUGGGGAGCACCGCCACCAUAG